UGUGGUAUGCACUUAUAUAGCUUGAUGAGAAUUUUUAACUGAAGAUUAUAGUAUUACUCUAUCUCUUUCUGGACCCACUUCUUUCCGAAGAGUUGCUCCUGUAGCAUAUAUGGAAGGUACUCUUUUUUGUUUUAGGUAUUUUUGUCUUCUCCUUGCCUUUCCCAGAAUUAUCCGAGCUACUUCUUUGCCUAAUAAGUUGUUGAAGAAGGCUACUGAUCUCCGACCUUAAACUCAUUUUCCUUCUAUUGGAGCUAUUUUCAAAAUUCUUUUCGGAGAAUUUAUCUCUUGAUUUAGAAUCCGAAGAAUUCUUUAUGGACUUAGAGUCCUCAGGUUGAGCAAGUUUGCUUUCUUCUUUAGAGGAGGAGCAAAUCUUCGAUGGAUUUGCUCAAAAAUUAUGCUGACAAGAGGAUGUAUUAUUGAUUCCAAGUCGACAACUAACACUUUUUGUGGGGAUUCAUUUCACCUGAGGAACCCUGACAUUUGCUUCAGAGAGGACAUCAUUGCUGAUAUCCCAAUCUUCCAAUGAUUGGGGACACUCCCUGGGAGUGUUCUUUGGGAAUGCUUUCUGCUGAAUCUUCUUAGUAGAAUUCAUUAUGAAUAUUUAAUUUGUAUAUCUCCC